AUCGUCUCUCUUUACAAACAUCUAAGUUUCUUACCCUCUUUGACCCUGGUGGUUAUCCUCUCUUUAAGUUCCUUACAUACUUAAAGUCACUUUCGACCUUUUACAAACAACCAACUCUUUCAAAAUGAAGUGCUCCAUCGUCCUCUCCAGCCUUUUCGCCUCAGCCGCCAUCGCCACUCCUCAGGGCAAUGUCACUCCCAACACCAUGGGUGCCCUCGAGAAGCGCGCUUCCUUCCCUAUCCCCGCCUCCAAGGGUUCCGUCACCUACAAGAAGGUCCAGGAGAUCUCCGGUGUUUUUGACGGAAAGAUGAAGACCUACGGCCGUGGCGUCAGGUGCACUGGCCAGAAGGAGGGUGGUGACUCUGAUGCCGUCUUCAUCCUUAAGAACGGUGCUACGCUCAAGAACGCAAUCAUCGGCGCUGACCAGAUCGAGGGUGUCCACUGUGAGGGUUCUUGCACCAUCGAAAACGUCUGGUGGUCCAAGGUCUGCGAGGAUGCCCUCUCCCUCAAGGGUGAUGGUAACGCUCUUGUCAAGGGUGGCGGUGCCACCGGCGCUGACGACAAGGUCAUCCAGCACAACGGUCUCGGCACGGUCACUAUCGAUGGCUUCACCGUUGUCGACUUCGGUAAGCUCUACCGAUCUUGCGGUAACUGCAAGAAGAUGGGCACCCGCAACGUUGUUGUCAAGAAUGUCAAGGCUUACAACGGUAAGCUCCUGACCGGCAUCAACUCCAACAAGGGUGACAAGGCCACCAUCUCCGGCACCUGCGCCACCUCGGUCAAGAAGGUCUGCACUGAGUUCGAGGGCACCGUCCCCGGCAAGGAGCCCAAGCAGCUCGGCUCCGGCCCCAGCAACGCCUGCAAGUACACCACCGUCAAGUCUUGCUAA